AUGGAGAUUAUAAAACUUAUCUUGGCCAAGUGCGGUGGAAUUCCUGGAGUUAUUGUUGGUAUUGCUGAAAUAAUAGGUGCAAACAUAAGAUCAUAUAUGGGUACCAAAUUUCUUGAGGUUCUAAAUGAUCAUUUUAUGGGCAACUUGGAGACCUAUAGUAAACGUCAUUGGGUGUUUGAGAAAACAAAACCUGAUAAUUUUAGGGGUCUACUUUCAUGGAUGCAGUCCUACUUUGAUGCUUGCUCGGAUUCACUCAAGCCAUGUAUCUUCUAUCUAUCCAUCUUCCCUAGGGGACACAACAUUAGGCGAAGGCGAUUGCUGAGAAGAUGGAUCGCAGAAUGCUACUCUAGAGACACAUCUCGUGGUACAGCAGAGGAGAAUGGGGAGAAGCUGAUCUCUGAACUCGUCGACUUGAGCAUAAUCCAGCACAAAACAAGCAAGGUCCUCUGCCAAGUAAAUGGUUUUUUCCAUGAAUACAUCAUCUCACGACCACUGGAAGAUAACCUUGUCUUCGCACUGGAGAGGAAUUGCAGCCUGAACUCAGAACGUGCAGGGCAACAUCUCACCAUAAGGAGCAGCUGGGACAGGGACGACAUGACAGUGUUUACAAGCAUGGACUUGUCACGUCUACGGUCAUUGACAGUGUUUGGGAAGUGGAUGCCAUUCUUCAUCUCAACAGAUAUGAGACUGCUUCGGGUGCUAGAUUUGGAAGAUGCAUCUGGUAUAACAGUUGAUGACCUUGAGCAGAUUGGGAAGGUUCUCCCUCGCCUCAAGUUCCUUUCUCUACGAAGAUGUAAGAAUAUUUGGCGGCUGCCAGAAUCUUUGUGUGGCCUGAGCCAGCUGCAGACUCUAGAUGUCAGAUACACCUUCAUAGUCAUGCUGCCACGGGCUAUCGUCAAGCUAAAGAAGUUGCAAUAUGUCCGUGCUGGAAAUACUAUAUCAUCGUCUGAUGAAUAUGAUGAGACUGUUGCAAGCUUACCAGCAGCAGGCGUAGACAGGACAGCCACACCACUGGAGGAUGGUGAUGAUGGCACGGCCGCAACCAUGCAUGCACAAACAGGUGAUGUUCAGACAUCAACACAUUCAACGAGCUGCAUGCCACGUAGUUCGGUAUCAAGCUGGUUGUCCAAGUUUUGCCGCACACGCCGACUUGAUAAUGGCGGUGUCAAGGUUCCUGCAGGGAUUGGGGAACUGGCGGCCUUACAUACUCUUGGUGUUGUAGAUGUCAAUGUGGCAGGUGGUAAGGCCAGCCUGAAGGAGCUCAAGAAGUUUACACAGUUGAGAAAGCUUGGGGUGUGCGGUGUCAGUCGGGAAAACUGGCAUGACCUGUGUUCUGUCAUCUCAGGUCAUGCCCAUCUCGAGUCUUUGUCGGUUCAGGUCAAUAAUGAUAAGGAGGGUGUCUAUGCUCGCCUAGAUGACAUCACACAGGCACCAAUGACCCUGAAUAGCCUUAAGCUGUAUGGGCACGUACAGAUAUUGCCAAGCUGGAUCAUGCACCAUGAGAAUCUCAAAAAGGGUAACCUUGAGAUGACUGUAGUAACGCAAGAGGAAAUAGACGUCAUUGAAGAAUUAAGAUGUGGAGAUGUCUUCCAUCGUCUUUGUGUCAAACCGACUGAAGAUGGCGAACUACAUGUUGGUAAGCUGGAAGAUGGUUCCCGCGAGCGUCGUGAUUGGUCUGGGAAAGAGUUCAGAGUCCGGGUCCUCGAGAUUGAUUGCAGCUGCAGGUUGCACGUAACUUGUGGGCACUGGGUGAACAUGUAUGUUGAGCUGCUGAUUGUUCGCUGCUCUAGUGGGUCAUCUUUGGAGGUUUCUGGGCUACAGUAUCUAUUUGGUCUCAAUGAAGUGUGGCUUAGGGGUUCCUAUGGUGACGAACUCAAGGAAGACUUGCAGCGCCAAAUUGAUGAGAUGCCCGAGGGUAAGAAGAAACCUGUACUGAAGCUCGAGGAAGCGCAACCACAUUCAUCGUGA